UCCAUAAAUUUUUACGAUAUGCAUAAAAAAGUUUUAUCUUCCAUAUAAUGUGUCAUUUUAGCCUUAGGUUCUUAACGGCAAUUCACUGGUCUUUAGAAAUUUAAGAGAACUUAUUUAAUAACUUAACCUAAAAUGUCUUCUCAAGAAUCAAAAGCCCAAACUGUUAAAGAUUUUAUGGAAGUGUUUCCGGACCUUGUUGAAGAAUUUUUGAGAGAAGUUCGUACUAGAAAUUUUCCCGAAGAAGCUGUGCAAUGGAUUAAAAAAAGUUUUGAUCAUAAUAUUCAAGGGGGAAAGAUGAAUAGAGGAUUGUCAGUUGUUGAUACACUCAAGAUUUUACAAAAUGAUCAGUUAACUGCAGAAGAACUCUUUAAGUCUAGAGUUCUUGGCUGGUGUAUUGAAUGGCUUCAAGCAUUCUUUCUUGUUGCCGAUGACAUCAUGGAUGCAUCAAUUACGCGUCGUGGAAAUCCUUGUUGGUAUAAAAUGGAAGGGGUUGGUAUGAUUGCAAUUAAUGAUUCUUUCAUUUUGGAAUCUGCAAUUUAUUUCUUUCUGAAAAAAUAUUUCCGUCAAGAUUCUUAUUAUGUCGAUUUAGUCGAAUUAUUUCAUGAGAUCACACUCGAAACUGAAUUGGGACAGCUUUUGGAUUUAACUACUGCACCUGAAGAUCAUGUUGAUUUGAGCAAAUUUUCGAUUGAAAAGCACCGAUUCAUUGUACUUUACAAAACUGCUUUUUAUUCAUUUUAUCUUCCAGUAGCGCUUGCAAUGCAUAUGGCUGGAAUCAAAAAUGAGAAAGCUUUUAAAGCAGCAAAGGAUAUUUUGUUACCAUUGGGUGAAUAUUUUCAAAUUCAAGAUGAUUAUCUUGAUUGUUAUGGAGAUCCAGAAGUUAUUGGAAAGAUUGGAACCGAUAUUGAGGAUAACAAAUGUUCUUGGCUUAUUAACCAAGCAUUAGCAAAAGUAUCUCCUGAGCAACGUAAGCUAUUAGACGAAAAUUAUGGAAGGAAAAAUCCUAAGAAUGUUGCUGUUGUUAAACAAAUUUAUAAGGAUCUUGAAAUUGAGAAAUUAUAUAAAGAAUACGAAGAACAAUCUUAUAGCAGGUUAAAUGAUUUAAUUUUACAACUAGAUGACUCUCUCAUUAAACGUCAAGUAUUUUAUACUUUCAUGGAUAGAAUUUAUAAAAGAACUAAAUAGAUUUAAUAAUAGUUAUUAUAUAGGUCAUACGAUAGUAACUAUAGUUAUACAUGUGACAUUUUAUUAUAAAUUAUGUAAUGUUAAAAAAUAUCUUAAAAUAGAUGUAACUGUAUAUAUAGUUCAUUACAGUUAUAUGAAAAUAUAUUUAACUGUAUAUUAAAUCUAAACAAAGUUAUAUGAGUUGCCUUUACAAAACUUGAUAAUAAAUAGAUAUCCUUCCCAACAAAUCUAAAUAAAAUGGCUUGAUGGAUUGACUGUAGAACUAUGUAAUUAUUUAUAUACCUCAAUGUUGAAGAAAAAAUUUUAAAUUAUUAACACAACCUUAUUUUAA